GCCACUAGGCAGCAGUGAUAUAUAAAGGGGGCUUUAUAGACGCAUUUGUACAGUUGAAAGAGACAUGCUAAAGUAUUUUCAGACAGUGAAUCAGGUAGCUGAUUAAAGGACUUAAAAACACAAACUGAAAUGCAAAAAGGAACGUUUUUUUUUUUUUUUUUUUAAAGAAUCCGAUUAUACCCGUCCGUAUAAAAUGGAAUAUAUUUUCUGCUAAAACGUCUUAGUUUAUUUUUAGGUAACUAUUUUUUUUCUCGAAUAAAUAUUCUCAAGAUAAGUAGGCUACCAAAGUAUCUUGCAAAGUCAAGAGGAAAACCUUUGAUACUGACAAUUUAACAUCAUGACAAGCUAUAACUUUUUGUUGUGCUUGACGGUUCUUAUUUCUUUGGGACUGUCCGGGAGCGAUGAGCCGGACCUCUUUCAGGUUCCACUGAAUGAGAUGUCCUCGGAUGCUGGAGUCUCUCUCUUUGAUUUGGAGGAUGUGGACUCUCUAGAGUGUUCAGCGUGCGUUUGGAGAGAACAGAGUAAAGUCUUAAGGCUGGAAACAAUCAAAUCACAAAUCCUUAGCAAACUGCGCUUAAAACAAGCGCCCAACAUCAGCAGAGAGGUGGUUAAUCAGCUUCUUCCAAAAGCACCUCCACUGCAGCAGCUUCUGGACCAUCACGACUUCCAGGGGGACGCAUCCUCCCUAGAGGAUUUCAUGGACGCCGAUGAGUAUCACGCCACUACCGAAUCCGUCAUCACCAUGGCCUCAGAGCCUGAACCUCUGGUGCAGGUGGAUGGGAAACCCAGCUGUUGUUUCUUCAAGUUCAGUCCAAAACUGAUGUUUACCAAGGUUCUGAAAGCCCAGCUGUGGGUUUAUCUGCGUCCACUCCAGAAAACGUCCACUGUUUAUCUGCAGAUCCUUCGCCUUAAACCUAUCACUGAGCAGGGAAGCCGACACAUCCGCAUCCGGUCGCUCAAAAUCGAGCUUAGUUCCCAAGCUGGUCAUUGGCAGAGCAUUGAUUUCAAACAUGUGUUGCAGAACUGGUUCAAGCAACCACACACAAAUUGGGGCAUUGAUAUAAAUGCCUAUGACGAGAGUGGCAAUGACCUGGCUGUGACAUCUCUGAGGCCUGGAGAGGAAGGACUGCAGCCAUUCCUGGAGGUCAGGGUUCUUGAAACAACCAAGCGAUCACGGAGAAAUCUGGGUCUUGACUGUGAUGAGCACUCCAUGGAAUCCCGCUGUUGUCGCUACCCGCUCACAGUGGACUUUGAAGCUUUUGGCUGGGACUGGAUCAUUGCACCCAAACGUUACAAGGCAAACUACUGUUCAGGCCAGUGUGAGUACAUGUUCAUGCAGAAGUACCCACAUACUCAUCUGGUUCAGCAUGCCAAUCCUAGAGGCUCGGCAGGGCCAUGCUGCACACCGACGAAGAUGUCACCGAUAAAUAUGUUGUACUUCAAUGAUAAACAGCAGAUAAUCCAUGGCAAAAUCCCAGGAAUGGUGGUGGACCGUUGUGGCUGUUCAUAGAAUAAUAUGUUUUGGUUGAGCUAAGGGAAAUUGAUGGAGGGAGGGUAUUAGGGAUGAAUCUAGCACCUACAAGUCUCUGCAAUUACCUUUUAUUGUCCUCACACUCCUUGGAAAUAGUAUUUCAUAAUGUACAGAGAACAAAAAGACAUUUGUAUCCUUCUUAACUCUAGUACAGCACUCUUAGAUCCAGGAUCCUAAUUUCUCACUUUAUUAUUUGAAUCUGAAUUUUAGUUCUACCACAAUUGUGUGUGUGUGUUGUGUGUGUGUGUGUGUGUAUUUGUCUGAGUGUUUGUGUGUAUAUGUAUGUAUGUAUGUAUGUGUGUGUGUGUGUGUGUGUGUGUGUGUGUGUAUAUAUACAUAUACAGCAGGCAAAAUAAGUAUUAAACACAAACAUUCUCAGUAAAUAUAUUUCUAAAGGUGCUGUUGGCAUUAAAUUUUCACCAGAAGUCAGUUACUGUCCAAGUAAUCCAUACAAACAAAUAAGUUCAGAAAUUAAAUUCUGUGUUAUAAAAUGGAAUGACUCAGGGAAAAAGUACUGAACAGAUGACGAAAGGGAGGUGCAAUAAAGCAUGGAAAGCCAAGACACCACCUGAAAUCUAUCAAUAAUUAGAAAGCAAUCCUGCCCCUUGUCUGACCAACGUGUCACACAGAAAACAUUUCAUGAUGGGUGAAAGCAAAGAGCUUUCUCAUAACCUUUGCAACCUUAUUGUUGCAAAACAUGCUGAUGGCAUUGGUUACAGAAGGAUUUCUAUAUGAAUGUUCUAGUGAGCACUGUUAGAACAUAAUCUGAAAGUGGAAAGGACAAAAUUUCACCAUAAACUGGCCACCGCCAGGUGCUCCUCACAAGAUUUCUGAUAGAGGAGUGAAAUUAAUUAUCACACCAUGUUUGGGGGUCACAUGGCAUUUGCACAUCACCCCAAAAAAUCAUGGUCUAGCACUGGUAAAAUGCAUAUAAUUGAAGGAAGGAUGAAUGGAAAAAUGUACAGAGACAUUUUUGAUAAAAAUAUGCUGCCAUCUACCCAGAUGUUGAAGAUGAAAUGAGGAUGGACAUUCCAGCGAGACAAUGAUCCCAAACACACAGCCAAAGAAACUCUCAUUCGGUUUCAGAUAAAGAAAGUAAAGUUGCUAGAAUGGCCCAGACAAUCACCUGACUUGAAUCCAAUAGAAAGUCUAUGGAAAGAACUAAAGAGUAGAGUUCAAAAAAGUGGCCCACGGAACCUUCAAGAUUUGAAGAAUGUUUGUGUGGAAGAAUGGGUCAAAAUCACACCUGAGCAAUGCACACGACUAGUUUCUCGAUGCGUGACUUGAAGCUGUCAUUACCAACAAGGGCUUUGUAUGAAAGUAUUAAUUAAAUUUCAGUUAGCAUGUUCAAUACUUUUUCCCUGGGUUAUUCCACUUUAUAACACCGAACUUAAUUUCUAAAAUAAUUAGUAUUUCUUUCUUUAUUUGUAUGGAUUACUUGGGUUGCUAACAACAUCUGGUGAAAAUUCAAUUUCAACAACCAUUAUAAAUAUAUUUACUGGGGAAAAUGGUGAUGUGUUCAAUACUUACUUUACCCACUGUAUACACACACAUUUUUUUGGAUGCAUUUUGUUAGGUAGUUCUGAGAUUCAGGUCCACAAUUUUGCUUUACAUCAAAUAUAUCCUCAUUGUCUUGUUGCUUUUUGCAGUAUUACACAUUCAGAGAAAAUAGAAAAUAAAAAUGCUGGAAAAUUGUUGAAUUACAGCUGGUAAGGGGAUACUGUCGGAAUGGAGGAUGAUAUAAAAAUUUAGUGCAAGAUAUAAUAGAUCAUAAGACAAAACACUCAUUCAUUUGUGGAGUUGUUAGUGUUGAUCUAUAAUUUAGGAAAGUAAAAUAUUAUCAUAUAUUUUUUAAUUAUUACGUGCGUGUGUGUGUGUGUGUGUGUGUGUGUGUGUGUGUGUGUGUGUGUGUGUGUGUGUGUGUGUGUGUGUGUGUGUGCAUCUUUCAGUUGUAAGUUUUGAAAUUGAGUCCAAAGUGUUUAAGCCAGCAUACUAAGUCUCAUUCUAGGUUUCCUACAUGUAUUUUUUAUUGUAUUUUAAUGCUAAUGUUAUGCAUUAGAGAAAUCGUGACAAGAGACAAAUGCACCUCAGCCCCUCCACUAAAGCUGUUUUCACUAUGGUGUAGACCUAAUUGUCAACACCAAAUUAAAAAUUUAUUAUUUAAAGAAGUGAAAUGUGACACAAACAGUAAUUGUGUAAAAAAAUAAAAAUAAAUCCAUACUCUUCGAUUUUACAGAAAUGCUAUUUUCAGAAAUGUCUUUGCUUACAUUAACUCUGCCUUUAAAAUCUGUUAUCAAUAAAUCAUUGCCAAGGUAAACCAAAAUAAAACAUAAAAAUGUUCAUGACUAUAUGCAGUUGUACUAAAUAAAGAUGAGUUUUCAUCUGCACUUAAUACAAUAACAUAUAGAUCUCUAUAUUGGCACAUGUAUUUAUAUGAAUUCAAAGAACAGAUGUCACUGUGGAUCACAACAGUACUCUAUCCUUUGUAGAUAAGACACUUGUCUGCAGUUUAGAGAAAUAUAGAGAAAAGUAAUUAGUAAAGAAAAGUAAAAGUAUUUAAUUAAAUACUAUUCCCUGUUCCGUACCAAACUUUAAUGGUACAGUAAACUCUGGGAGAGCUGAAAAAGCAAAGGAUGGAGAGGGGUAGUAGUACAGUAGAAUAUAAAUCUUUUCUAUUCUUCAAAUAUGUCCCAUUGUUGAAAACAAAAGCACUAUGAUGUUGGAUAAAAGAGGAGCCUUCUUAUACUAAAUCUAAGUAAUAUAUAGAUAUAUCACAAAAGAGAAAAAGAUGGCAGUGUGAUCAUGCUGAAGGGCAUAAAAGAUUAUUUUGGGCACUCUAUGUACCAACAAUAAAUUUUGCACUAUGGGAAGUAAAAAUGGCACGAGAAUUUUUUAUUUCCAUUUCUAUUUGACCUUUUUAAGCACAAGAACCUUGUAGAUGGAUUUUAAUAACCUAGUAAUGUCUAUGGAGUUUAUGCCAUUUAAAACAAAUCAUGUCUUAAUUUUCAAAAGCUCAUCUAUGCCUGAAGUUUUAAAUUGCUGUUUUAUAAUACUAUCAAAUUCACAAAACAGAAGUCUAUAAAGCCUUAAUAUUCUAGAUAACAUCUGAUUUGAAAGGCAAGUUUUGCAGGACUUGAAUUAUGUAUUAACUAGCAAUGAACAUUUUAACUUGGUACCCAGCAGAAGGAAGGUUAUAUGGGCCACAAGUAAUUAUUCCUACUGAAAAUUAAAUCACAAAAUAAUUCAAACCUACCUCAUCAAAACAGUUUGAAACCUUGCUAUGAAAUUAAAAUCGACAAAUUGUAUAACAUCUGAAAAAUACAAAUGCAUGUAAUUCAGACUUUUUAUUCUUGCCAUUUCAGUUCUUUUGAAGUUUGAAACCUUGCUAUGAAAUAAAAAACGACAAAUUGUAGAACAUCUGAAAAAUACAAAUGCAUGUAAUUACUUCAGACUUUUUAUUCUUGCCAUUUCAGUUCUAUCAAUGUUUUUAGAACAUUAUUACUUGAAUUAUGUACAAGUCUUAUAAAAUGCCACAGGGUCUCUAUAGUAAUGUCCUUUAAGGAUACAAAGAAUGGAAAAUAUGAUAUGGAGAACGUAAGCCAUUACCCUGUUAAGCUGUACAAUUUCAAACUUCUGUAUAAUGUGAUGUUCUAAAUGUUUUUGUCAUACAAUAUGCGGAGAAAAAAAGAAUUGUGAUUUGUAAAUGUUAAAAAAGAAAAAAAUCCAAAUGAAAACAUUCUACAUUAUAUACAGUUUACAGACUCUGUUUUGAAGAUUUACCUACUUGUUUUAGUCAUGUUCAACCAUUCUUUAUGUUUUGUAAAGAAAUUAUGUAGUUUGGUUUUCAUGCAAAUAAGAAUACUUCAUCAUUAUAUCUGUCCUUAUUUUUGUUUGAUCAUGUUUUGUACAAUA